AUGGUACCGCAUCCAGCAUGGUGCUCUCCCUUCACGGCCAAGUCCUCUCAUCACCCGAGUGCUACAGGAGCCUCUCUAGGGGUUACUCAUCCUGUACCCAGCACGUCUGGCCUUCCUUCGCACUCUAGUCCUUACUUGUUCAGCUUUCCCCCCACUCCGCCGAAAGACGCCACUCCAGACAACGUGACGAGCGCCGGUUCGGCAAAUUUGGACUUCUGCGGCGGCGUUACGGGGAUCGGGACGGCGGAUGAGAAAGGCUCAGUUGCCGGUAUGAUCUCAACGUUGGGGUCUGCACUCUCAAGUUGCCCUAGAGAAGGUAGUACUGGCUUCUCCACAUCUUUUAGUCCUGUCCAUCAAACUGCCCAUUCCAUGCCCACUUAUCCUGCUUAUGUCCCAGGUCCUCAUUUGACUGGACCUCCACCCCCUGCUGAUAUAUCCAACGCGAGCUACGGCUUUCACGUUCCUAGCCAAUUUUUCUCUCCUAAGACCUCACAAUCAUCCAAAGUACCAACAGUUCCCACAUCUGGCAGCAAGCCAAGAACGAAAGGAAGAUGUAGUAAGGGUAAGAAGCUUUCCCCAGCAGGUGUCUCUCCACACCUAGUAGUAUACUAA